AUGCCUGACGGUGGCUACGCAGAAACUUACAGUCCUCGCAAGGUCCUCGACGACCCUUCCUUUCGCGUCCUCGCAUCUGGAGAGGCCCCUGCCUCAGAUGCAAACAUCGCGGCUUUCUAUAACCCCAAUCAUGAAAUUCACCUCGUGGAAAAGCCACGCCCAACGCCAGGGCCUGGACAAGUCCUGGUGCACGUCCGUGCAACUGGGAUCUGCGGAAGUGACGUUCAUUUCUGGAAGCAUGGACGCGUUGGUGAUUCCAUGGUUGUGACUGAUGAGUGUGGUUCUGGACAUGAGUCUGCAGGAGAGGUCAUCGAAAUAGGUGAGGGCGUGACUCAGUGGAAAGCAGGGGACCGCGUUGCAAUCGAGGCCGGCGUGCCCUGCUCGAAACCUUCUUGUGAAUAUUGCAGGGUCGGUAGGUAUAACGCUUGUCCUGAUGUUGUCUUCUUCUCCACUCCUCCUUUCCAUGGAACCCUAACUCGCUAUCACUUGCACCCUGCUGAGUGGCUGCACCGUUUGCCUGAUUCUCUUUCCUUCGAAGAAGGUUCUCUUUGCGAGCCCCUGGCUGUAGCUCUCGCAGGCGUCGAGCGUGCUGGUCUCCGACUUGGUGACCCCACUUUGAUCUGUGGCGCUGGACCGAUCGGUCUCGUUUCGCUUCUUUCAGCACGUGCUGCAGGCGCCGAGCCCAUUGCAAUCACCGAUCUGUUCCAGAGCCGCCUCGACUUUGCAAAGAAGCUCGUUCCUGGUGUGCGUACGGUACUGAUCGAGCGUGGUUUGACGCCAAAGGACGCGGCCCAAAAGAUCAAAGCCGCCGCUGAUGGCCCUGUGAAGGUUGCGAUUGAGUGUAGCGGUGUGGAGAGCAGUGUGCAUACUGCAGUACAUGCAACGCAAUUUGGUGGAAAGGUGUUCAUCAUUGGCGUCGGCAAGAACGAACAAGUGUUCCCGUUCAUGCACCUGAGUGCCAAUGAGAUAGAUGUUAGUUUCCAAUACAGAUAUGCUAACCAGUACCCUAAAGCCAUACGCCUUGUCGCUGGCGGUCUGAUCAACUUGAAGCCUCUGGUCACGCAUCGAUUUAAACUGGAGGAUGCUGUUUCUGCCUUCCAUGUCGCUGCAGACCCUUCUCAAGGUGCGAUCAAGGUGCAAAUUCAAGACUAG